UCUUCCCCUCCCAACCACCUAAGACCCCGCAGCUCUAUGCACCUUCUACCACAUUACCUGUUCCACCGUCUUUGCAGCCCUUACCAAGUAUCUCAGAUUCUCCGCGACUAUACACGUCCCUCCAGGCGAGGACUCAGGGUUCCUGGCCCAGAGCAGGCGCACCAUCAGUCCUGUCCCUGCCUGAUCCGCACCCAAGGGGACCCAGACCCCGGGGCCCUCCUCUCCGCGCCGCGGCCCACGGCGGCCGCCUUUCGCCCGCCCUCCAGGCGCGUUCCUGGGAAGCGGGUUUGAAGUCGUGGACGUGACUGGGAGGAGUCUGCCCGCCUCGGAUUUCCGCGCUCGGCCGCGCAGGGAGCGGGGCAGCGACGAUGGCGGAGCCCACCGUGUGCUCCUUCCUCACCAAGGUGCUGUGCGCCCACGGCGGCCGCAUGUUCCUGCAGGACCUGCGCGGCCACGUGGAGCUCUCGGAGGCCCGGCUCCGGGACGUGCUGCGCCAGGCGGGGCCCGACCGCUUCCUGCUGCAGGAGGUGGAGGUGCGGGAGGGCCCGUGGGACGCCGAGGCCGAGGUGGCGGCCGGAGCGGGCGGCGGCGGCGGCGGUCCCCUGGCCUGGAGGGUGGUGGCCGUGUCCUCCGCGCGCGUCUGCGCCCGCUACCAGCGCGGCGAGUGCCAGGCCUGCGACCAGCUGCACCUCUGCCACCGCCACAUGCUGGGCAAGUGCCCAAACCGCGACUGCUGGUCUACCUGCACCCUUUCUCAUGAUAUCCACACACCUGUCAAUAUCCAAGUCCUGAAAAACCAUGGACUGUUUGGCCUCAAUGAGGCCCAGCUUCGGAUCUUGCUUUUACAGAAUGACCCCUGCCUUUUACCAGAGGUCUGUUUGCUCUACAACAAAGGCGAAGCCCUGUAUGGUUACUGCAACCUCAAGGAUAAAUGCAACAAGUUUCAUGUGUGCAAGUUGUUUGUCAGGGGAGAGUGCAGGCUGCAGAAAUGCAAGCGAUCCCAUCAGCUCAUUCACUCUGCAGCCCUGAAGAUGCUGCAGGACCAAGGACUGAAUAUUUCAAGUGUUGUUAAUUUUCAGAUAAUUUCUACCUACAAGCACGUGAAGCUGCACAAGAUGCUUGAAAAUAAAGAUAAUUCAGCUUCUGCUGAGCAUUCCCAGGGCCUGGAGACACGAGGACUCCACAGAACUGGGGCUGCAGAAACCAGUCCCCUGGUCUCUGUCCCUUCCGAUUCGGCCAAGAAGCCCGAUGCAGGUUGUUGUGAGAAUUGAAGAGGAUGGAGCAGUAGAAGGUGCCAGGCUGGGAGGGUAAGACUGGGAAUGGUUGGCCGGGGAUGAGGUGGGAUAUUGAGCAGGCAGAGAGGGUAAAGCCUGAGCGCAGGUGGAGUUGGCCCCGGGCAAACCUCCAGCCCCCGACGGCCUUCCCCAGGCUGGCUGCCCCCAGCUCGUAAAGAGGCAAGAUCCUGCCGACUGGUUCUGGGACCCAGCCAAGGGCUUUUCUAUCUGCCGAGACGCUCGGUUUACCCUGUGCUAUUCACAGAGUACAUACGCGUUAUGCUGCAUUUGUUUUGCAUAAGCAUCUCUCCAUAUGUUCACAUUUAUCGUGCAUAAUUAUUUUAAUCACACAUACACUAAUAUAUUGUAGUUUACUUAAACAUUUCCCUUAUUCUGGGCUCUUUUAAUUCUUUCUGACAAAUUUUGAGUGUAACCCUUUUCUUAAAACCCCCACUGUAUUGAAUUUUUAAAGCCAUUCCUUACCUUGUUUCACUUAUAGUUGCUGAAUGAUAUGGUCUUGUGAUUUUUCUCUUCUUUAAAGAUAUGCACGUAAAUAUUUUUCUUUGUUGUCUCUGUGUCUAUUUUGUACAGUUUGUGGAGGCCCUUUAUUUCUGGGGCCGUCCUCUCUGCUGAUAUGAGUUGACCUUUAAUUAGGCUCCUUAAUUUUCGUAAAAGGGUGUCAACUGUCUAUGGCAUGAGAUCCAGCUCUAGUGGAUCCAUCCUCAGCCAACACCGCAGAGGGUGUAACUUUCGGGUGCUCCCCAGAGAUUUCUACCUCCCUCUAUCUAGUCUCUCUUCCUUAUGCCCCUUCUACCAAAGCUCAGAUGAUGGUCGUGUGAAGGCUGCGUAGCUCAUCCAUCCCUCUAAGUUAUAUCCGUUCUUCCUGCGGUCAGGAUGGACCAUUGGAAGUCUGCACACCUCACCCGGUUCAUCCUGACCCAUCCCUCCCUUCUCUCUGCCUCCGUGCACCCAGCUGUCUAUCUAGUUGUAGCUGCUGUUUAGUUCUUUGUUUUCAUCGAGCGGUACCACAGAGAAGCAGAUUUUUGAGAUUCUUUCCUGUGUUUGCUGCAGUAAUAGCCUCAAAUGUUGGCGUGUAAAGUUGUUUUUUUUUUUAAUUUAACUGUCCAGCAAUAACAGAACAUUGGAGAAACAGGGCCAAAGUUGUGAGCUUUUCAUUAAGCUAAAUUACUUAAUUUAGAAAAAUUUAAAUUAUGAAACAUUUCUGUUGGAGGAGGUGUGCGGAAUUGUCCUUUAUAAAGUGAGAAAUUGCUCUUUUCUCCUGAUGGACAAAAAGAGUCAUGCGGCUUAGGUUAAUCUCUUCAUUUUGAUUGUCAACAACAGUAUUUCUGAAAGCUCUUAUGUUCUGCCUGUCUUGUUUUUUUUCUCCUAGUUAUAAUUUCUCCUGGUGCUAUUUUUUUUUAAUUUAUGUUUACAUUCAUUAUUAUUAUUACGUUCAUUUUUACUCUUUUACUAUUAUAUUCUUUUAUAAUCCAUAUUAAAUCCUUAAUGGAAACAGUGUAGUUUAAAAAUGCAUAUUCUUUACAUUAAAAGACUUGGUAGACUUUUACAUUAUUGUAUUCUUUUUAUAGAUCUUCUAAAGUAUACUUUUGUUUAAUGGCCAUACCCAAGGCAUAUGAAAGUUCCCAGGCUAGGGAUUGAAUCUGAGCCGCAGCUGUAGCAACGCUGGCCCUUUUAACCCACUGCACCAGUUUGGGGAUCAAACCACUGUUGCCACAGAAACAAGCCAGAUCAUUAACCCACUGUGCCACAGUGGAAACUCCUGUAAUUAUGCUUUUAUAUAUGAAGUUAUUGACCCUCUAUCAUCUUGGUUACAAUAUUUUAUUCAGUUCUAUAAUAUUUCAUUUUAAUCUUAGUUCUGCGGCUUUUCAUCCUAUAGAAACAUUUUAUGUAAUUGUACCUCUCUUAUUUAUUUUAAUCUGAUGACUCAGCCAGUAGAGAAUUAUCAGGUUAGCGUUUUCUUUGGCAAUCUAUCAGGGCUUCUGAGAUGAAAUUGUGCUUCUCUAGGCUCCAUGAAUUCAACAUACUCCAAAGUGAAUGAUUGACUUUUCCUCCAGAUUUCUUCCUCCUUUUGUUCUUUAUUUUGGAGGGUCAUUACCUGAUGACUUAUGCCCCAAUCCUGCAGAUUGUCCUGUGUUCUUUCUCCUUAUUCCCUCUGUCAGAUUGGUUACCCCAUGUUAGAAAAUUUUCCACCUUAAAAAUCUCUCAGGAGUUCCCUGGUGGCUCAGUGGGUUAAGGAUCCAAUGUUGUCACUGCUGUGGCCCAGGUCACUGCUGUGGCAUGGGUUCAGUCCCUACGUGCGAAUUUCCUUACGCC